GGCCACUGCAAGCGAGCUCAAUCGGGGCGGAGCUACCCACCACUAGCUUUCCGUUCCACUGUUUUUCUUCGCUCUCACAGGGGAAACAUACAUAUUCUGAGUUUGGCUUCAAUGGUCGAGAGUUUUAGGAUAUUUUUGACGAAGCAAAAUGAGGCUGAGGUCGAAAAGAAACGUUGAAUCUUUAGCGGAGACGCCGAGGACCAACCGCCGACUGCGUAACAAAGCGACGCCGAGGCGGACCCGAGUCUCCGCCGCUGCUGAAAGCCCCACACACGGCCAGGUGGACAGUCCAGCAGACUGCUCGGGGGACUCUGCAGACGAGGUGCCCACUCUGAGGAGGAGAGGCCUCCCCCGAGCACGCCAGCGGAAGAGGCUCAUCCCAGUGGAAGACCGUGACAGAGACCUGACGUUUAAGACGCCCAUCCGAUCCAUAAUUCGUCAGGAGCGUGUGCUGUCUGAGAUCGAUGCUGUGACCCCCCGAAAUACCACGGCCCGCAAUAUCUAUUCCCCCAUCGUACGUUUCCUCACCCCCAGCAAAGAAAAUGUGAAAUGUCCCGGGGCAGCCCAUAACAUCCUGAUGAGCCCAGAGCAGGGCGUGUUCGGCUACGGCUCUAUGGAGCUGCUGGUUGGAGACGACGACGACGACGUCUUCAGCCCCUUCACUUUCGUCAAAAACAUCCCGUCUCCAUCACAACACUCCCAGCCUCAGCUCCGGGACAUUCCCCCCAAAACCAGGAGCACCCCAGAAGCUACGCUGGUGCUCGAUCUGGAGGAGACACUGAUGUACAGCUCUCUGACAGAGAUUGAGGACGCAGAGUACUCCUUCACCACUGUGUUCCAAGACCAUCAGUAUAAGGUGUACAUGGUGCUCCGUCCAUUUGUCAGAGAGUUUCUGCAAGCCGUGUCCAAAAGCUACGAGCUGUUUAUUUAUACGUGCGCCAAAAGAGAAUAUGCUGAGAAUAUCCUGGACAUCCUUGACCCACACAAGAAGCUCUUCAGGCACCGUCUGUACCAGGACGACUGCUCCUGUGUGCUGGGACACUACAUAAAGGACCUGAGCAUCCUGGGACGAGAUCUGUCUAAGACCGUGGUGCUAGACAAUGCCCCCCACACUUACCCCCACCACCUGAUGAACACCAUUCCCAUUAAGAGCUGGAGCGGACAGACAGAGGAUCGCGAGCUGCAGAGGCUUAUCCCCUACAUGGACAAACUGUGCUCUGCGGAGGACUUUCGGGAGGUGCUGAAGAAGAGGAAGGACCACUUCCACAGACUGCUGUCUGAGGACUAGCCCUGCCCCCCCAUGCCCCGCCCUUCUGCCCUCAGCCCUCUCCCCUGUCCCUGCUCUGUGUACAUUCCCUGAGAAAGCUGAAGUCUGCUCUCCUUCUGAAGAGCACGGUGCAUUUCAAACAGCUCAUCCAUCACUCCCCAUACAGACUCAUGCUUUAACCAAUAAACCUUACCUUCACCCGUAUGGAUGUGCAAAUAUUGUUUAUAUUAUAAUUUAUUGAUUAUACUAAUCAGCAUUUGUUAUCUCUGUAUAUAUUUUACAUAUUUGCUUUUUUAUGCAAUAAAUGUGGCCCAGAUCUUGUGGGC